GUCGUUCCUCCUUGACCAACCCCAUCGUCAAUCGGAACCCUCAAUGAACAUCAAUUAGUCCAAAAUUUCCUUUCCCAAACUCAUUCCAAAUGGAUUUUCCCAAUCAAUUCUAGUUUUGACUGUUCCUAAAUGCCCAAUUAUCCCUAGGGUUUGAUUCCCUUCUCUGCAACUUUAAUCCCAAAUUUCGCUUCGAAUUUGGUUCAGAUUCUUGAAGAUACCUAACCCAUGUCUUCUUCUUCACGAUCAACAAUAUGGGUAUUGGUUCUUUGCUCUUUUGCGUUAGGUUUCGGUGCGAAUUUGGGUCGGGCUCUGAAGUUGCCCUUCAGGGCCAACGAUGUUCUUCCGGUUCUCCCACGACAGAUAUCGUGGCCGGUGCUUAAUAAUUUCCACACUGCCGUGGAUUUGUUGCCGUCUUAUGUUGGGUCAGUGACUCCCAGUAAUGGAACGAUUGAGUGGAAAGGAGCUUGCUUCUUCACUAACGAAGCUCAGAUUAAUCUUACUGAAGGCGAUAGAGGUCUGGGAGGUGGUGUUCUCCGUCUCAAGACAUCUGCAGCACACAGCUGGACCUGUAUGGAUCUAUAUGUCUUUGCAACACCCUACAGGAUUACAUGGGAUUAUUAUUUCUCUGCACGGGAGCACACAUUGAAGUUUGAGUCAUGGGAAGAACCUGCUGAGUUGGAAUAUGUUAAGCAACAUGGGAUUUCAGUUUUUCUUAUGCCGUCUGGGAUGUUGGGAACUCUACUCUCAUUGGUAGAUGUGUUACCUUUGUUUUCCAACACCAUUUGGGGACAAAGUGCCAAUUUAGCUUUCCUUAAGAAGCACAUGGGUGCUACAUUUGAAAAGCGAUCCCAGCCUUGGCAAGCAACUAUCAAUCCAGACGAUGUUCAUUCUGGUGAUUUCUUAGCCGUGUCCAAAAUUCGUGGACGGUGGGGAGGCUUUGAGACAUUAGAAAAGUGGGUAACGGGGUCUUUUGCUGGUCAUACAGCAGUUUGCUUGAAGGAUGAACAGGGUAAUCUUUGGGUUGGUGAAUCAGGACACGAGAAUGAGAAGGGUGAAGAAAUCAUUGUGGUGAUUCCAUGGGAUGAAUGGUGGGAGUUGGCACUCAAGGACAACUCAAAUCCACAAGUAGCCUUGCUUCCUUUGCAUCCAGAGAUGCGUGCAAAAUUCAACUCUACUGCAGCAUGGGAAUUUGCACGAAGCAUGUCUGGGAAGCCAUAUGGUUAUCACAACAUGAUUUUUAGCUGGAUUGAUACCGUAACUGACAACUUUCCUCCUCCUCUUGAUGCUCACUUGGUUAUUUCUGUCAUGUCUAUGUGGACUAGGUUGCAGCCAGCAUAUGCUGCAAACAUGUGGAAUGAAGCUCUGAACAAGCGGCUCGGAACUGAGGAUUUGGACUUGCACGACAUUCUAGUUGAGACUGAAAAGCGAGGAAUUCCUUUUGAUGUACUGCUUACGAUUCCGGAACAAGAUGAAUGGGUAUACAGCGAUGGGAAAUCGACUACAUGUGUUGCCUUUAUCCUUGCAAUGUACAAGGAGGCUGGAAUAUUUGGUCCUGUAUCCAGCUCCAUUCAAGUAACAGAGUUCACUAUUCGGGAUGCAUAUAUGCUGAAGAUUUUUGAGGACAACCAUACACGCCUGCCAACUUGGUGCAACUAUGAAAGUGAUAGAAUUCCUUUUUGCCAGAUUCUUGGUGAGUACAAAAUGGAACUGCCACAAUACAAUACUUUAGAACCUUAUGCCAAUAUGAAUGAAAAUUGCCCCUCCCUACCCCCAACCUAUGAUCGACCCAUUCGAUGUUAACCCUGUCUUUGAUCUAUUCAAUUCUCUAUGACGACUAUAUAAACCAUGUAAUCAAACCUUUUUUUUUUUUUUUUUUUUUUUUUUUAUCUGAAGCUACUUUUCCACUGGAGAUAUUCUGUAUGUGUACAUAAUUUUAGAAGAAAUGUUAAUGUUAUGGUAUUUAAAAGACUGGAUGUUGAUUCAUUUAUGAUUUACAUUAAAGUAA